UUCUCCCAGGUCGAAGCCAAGAAAUUUGAGCAUCGACCUCACACAUUCUUCGGGCCGAUCCAGGAUUGGACUUAACAAUUUCUUUUAUAAGAUUAGUUGAAACCACAAUCUUCUUAUUCUACCAGGAAAGACCAAAGAGAACAAGAUAAUAGCUUAGACGAGCCAUUCAUACGAGUACUCACCCAAAAAUGACUCCAAGCAGCUUCGAUGGAAGUGACUUCCUCCCAUCCCAGAACACUACAUGAGGAGGACGCCGAGAAGCAGACCCAGUUAACACAGUUGAAGACGAAAGUGCUAACCCGAUGCGCCGCCAUUGAAAGUACAGAACAUGAGAUAACUCUGAUCAAGUGCAUGCGGUAAUAUACUCCUCAUCCGGCCACACGAUACUAGGGAAGAUCUCAGGGGAUUCGGUAGAGAUGUCGAGAAUAACAAAAAAGCUUACAACAUGUGCAAUGACUAGAGAAGUGAGAACCACUGAUCAAGAGCUCCGCCUUCAAGCCAAAACGCCAUGUCAACGGGUCGUCCUCAAAACCUUAAGAAUCAACAUCGAGAUCAAGAAGGAAAGCCCUAAGCGUUCAUCGUACGCCAUGGUUGUUGUCCCCAUUCAUUUUAAGUGACUUAUAACACGUGAAAGAUAUUCUAAAGUCAUAGCGGGGAAGGCCAGAGACUUCGUUCAAAUAGGGGGUGAGUUUCUCUAUGAACUAAGGAAAAAAAAGUCUUCAAUGGUGAGCCUCACCUCCACUUUUCACUCAGAUCUGAGAGGAGGUCUGAGAGGAGAAGCUCUAGAUGAACCUUGAAGCAGGCCGUUAGAGAAGACUAACUGGAGCGAGAGACAAAGAGCUGGAACGGAGACGGUAGUGACGCAUUUUACAUUCUGACGGAUCUCGAGUCUCAGAUAUGAUCAGGAGAUCAACUCUCUAAAGAAAGAUGGAAGGCCCCAAAGAUACCCCGACUUUAUCACGCCUCACUGGAGUUCUGGAAAAACCAUAGACACAGAUGGUUUCCUUUAGAUACGAUGGAGAGAGUCCCAACAAACUCAGAGCCACCUCGUAAAGAACAUAGAUGAGGAUGAUACAAAGAAGAACGCUAACAAAUUAUGUAAAACCGAAAUACGGUGACCGUAGAUUGAAAAUCAUCGGUCACCGCAAGAGAAUAAGAAUUGUGGCUGUGUGCUCGAGAGAGAAAGUCCGAUUUUAUUUUCAAAAUCCGGCCACUUGUAUCUUUGUUUCAACAUUUUCCAUUUUAAGUUGUUUAGUUAUAUUUUUGCAUUUCUUUUGUUUUUAGAUAGUAUUGUUUUAUCUAAAAAAUUCUAAUCUAAUUGGAUUUUUCCUUGAGUUUUAAGAAAACACAUCUGUUUUGUCGUUCUUUAUUCCAAUUAAUCAAAAGAAGUAGUAUAUUUACUUCAAAUGUGGCUUGGAAUUUGAUUAGUAUGGAAGUAGAUGAACUCUUUUCAGCGGCCAACACACUCAAAGGAUCAGGUCAGAAUUACGUGCAAACCAUUUUAUCUGUCUCCAUCAAACAUCCUAAAAUUGAAAAGUCAAAUCGUUUAUUUUAUCUUUAGCUCCUCAUUUUAUUUCAGGAUCCUCGCAUCUACGCACACGUGUAACGUGAUACUGAGAGUAACCGCAUGUCAAAUCUCAAGUCAGAAAACAGAACCGACAAACAUGUAAGUAACAACUUUCUCCACGCGGCCAUGAACGUGCUUCCCAUUUUCUCUUAUCUUUUCCUACUACAUAUAUAUAUAUAUAUAUAUCUCUAUCAUCUGCCCAUUUUUUACCCGGAAAAUUACCAAACCAAACUCCAAAACAUCCAAUCUACAUAUGCCUCCUCCAGCAAUGCUAGCUUUUGAUGAUGGUUUAGACAACGAAUGGAAGGGUUUCACGGUUUUCCCUGGAGAAAACCUUAGCCCUAACCCUAAACCUAAUUUCAACUUCUUGGCGAAGAAGGCAAUUAUGGACAGCGAGAAAUCAACCGGUCCUAUGUUCUCCCAUUCUUCGGCAACAGACGACAGCUUCAGAAUCGUGUUGCCGCCGGCGAUGCCUCCACCUAGAGACUCAGCCGUUCCGCUUCCUAUGCUCCCUGAGCCAAUAAGAAUCCAAAAGAAACUUGGCCGCCAAGAAUCAUUCCAUUUCAUGAGGAAAUCUCGCUACUCGGAGAAAAUCCUCUACAAGGAAGAAGAUUUCAAAUGCAACGUCUUCUGCUUGGCUCUACCUGGAUUCGGUAAACACAAGCCGGUUAGGUCUUCUUCCAAACGCCAAGAUUCUAUGGAGAAGAAGAUGAUGAAAACGUCUUCCUUCACCUACUCCACUGUUUCGAUACGCGCCUCGCUGGAGAAGUUCGAAUGCAGUUCUUGGGCAUCAACCACGGCCCUAACCCAAGAUCACGGUCGUAUGUAUUUCGAAUUCCCCGUGGAGAUGAUGAAGUGCAACAGCCGUGGAAACGGAGGGAGAGAUGUGCAAGAACCGGUGACUUCUGGUUUCUUGUUCGAUAGAGAGACAGAGACUAUGGCUCUUAGAAGUGUUUUGAAGACGAGGAGUUCACGGUCGUCGGGAAGAGAUCACCAAAGAUCAGCUGAGACUUCGCCACUACGCCGUGUGAGAUUUUCAGAUUCUUCUUCGGCGUCGGUCUCGUGCCCUACUUCGCCGCGAUCUUGUAUCACCCCUCGAUUGCGUAAGGCUAGGGAUGAUUUUAAUACCUUCUUGUCUGCUCAAAACGCUUGAGAAACGAAAAACCGACACCACGAGUUUUUUUUUUU